AGCUUCAGCACGUUCAGUAGCCAGACACGUGUCUCCUCCAGAAUCAUCUAGAGUUGAGACCCUCACGAGAUUCUGGUCUCCGCCCCAUCGCCUCGAUUCACCACCCAACACACACAAUCCCAACGAAAUCACCUCAACUCGUCGUCCCUUCUCGCUCCUUCACUCAGCUCCUCCUCCGCCCCCCCCUCUCUCUCUCUCUCUCCUCCUCCUCCGACGACCUCUCUGUCCUCUCUCUCUAACCGCGCGGUUCCAUGCGACGCAACUAGUCGCAUCUCCACGCGAACAUUCCUCGCCAGCUCUAGAAACCUCCAGAAGAUUCUCCCGCUUUUGACUUUCUGCUUCCGAGAAUCCGAUGGCGCAGCUUCGUUGCAUUCUCCUCCUCGCUUUGCUCUCCUCUCUGCUUCCUGCUCUUCGCGCCAGUGAUGGCGAUGCUGAUCCGAUUUACAAGUCUUGUGUGGCGGAGUGCGAAAAAUCUGGGUGUGUAGGGGACACAUGCUUUCAACACUGUAAAUUUUCUUCAGAUGGGAAACCUAUUGAUGGUCCGUGGUACAUGCAAGAGCCCCUCUAUUUGCGCUGGAAACAAUGGGACUGUCGCAGUGACUGCAGGUACCACUGCAUGCUUGCUAGGGAGGAAGAGAGAGAGAAACUCGGCAAUAAGCCUGUCAAAUACCAUGGGAAAUGGCCAUUGCGACGUGUUUAUGGCAUCCAGGAACCCAUUGCUGUUGCUCUCUGUGCUAUCAAUCUUGCCAUUCAAUUUCAUGGUUGGAUAUCUUUUUUCAUCCUUGUAUACUACAAGUUGCCUUUGAAUCCAAAUAAGAAGACGUACUACGAGUAUACUGGUAUGUGGCACAUCUAUGGGAUCUUAUCAAUGAAUGCCUGGUUUUGGAGUGGGGUAUUUCACAGCCGAGACGUAGAGUUGACAGAGAAGCUGGAUUAUUCUUCUUCUGUAGCACUACUUGGAUUUUCACUCAUUCUGACCCUAUUUCGAGCUUUUAAUGUGAGAGAUGAGGCUGCAAGGGUCAUGGUUUCUGCUCCGCUGAUUGCUUUCGUGACCACACACAUACUGUACCUGAACUUCUAUAAACUUGAUUACGGUUUGAAUGUGAAAGUGUGCAUGGCCAUGGGUAUUGUUCAGCUUCUUACAUGGGCAGUUUGGGCUGGUAUUAGUUGCCAUCCAUCGCGCUGGAAGUUGUGGGUGGUAGUGGCAGGAGGAGCCCUUGCCCUGUUCUUCGAGAUAUACGACCUCCCACCUUACCGAGGCUUUAUAGAUGCGCACGCUCUCUGGAACGCAAUCAACAUACCUGUUACAUACCUCUGGUGGAGUUUUGUGAGGGAUGAUGCCGAGUUUGUUACAUCAGCUCACCUUAAGAAAGCAAAAUAGUAGAUCUGAAUCGAAAAGCAUGAAGUGAUCGAAUGGUGGGUUGGAUCAAAGACUCAAAAUACAUGACGUGCUCAGCCCUGUUAAUCAUAUAAUGUUUUCUUUUUUUUCUCAUGCGUAUGCGUUCCUCCGAAAUGCUUACCGUGAUGUGGUUCCCUUUGUUUUUGCAUUUCCCAUUGGUAUCGGUCCAAUUGUUUCCGCCGUGUACGGUGGGCUCCUUCUUCCGAUGGAAUCCGGAUUCUCAGGUCAUUGUGUUGGUGUAUUUUUCCUGGGAAAUCUCAGUUUCUAGAUGUAAGAAUUGAAUUCUCAAGUUACUGUUUUGUGCUGUAAAUCUUUGUGGAAUGCCAUUUUAGCAUGUUGUAUGGUGAUGUUUAAUUA